AUGCUGCUUUCAGCUCGGUCUUUCAGCCUCUGGGUUUCGUUGCUGUUGUUCAACUGUUUGUUUGCCUCUGCGUUGGACACACAUUGGUACCCGGCCUCCGCCACCUGGUAUGGCGACCCCGAAGGCGACGGUAGCAGCGGUGGGGCAUGUGGGUACGGAUCGUUAGUGGACGUGAAGCCUUUGAAGGCGAGGGUUACUGCAGCGAGCCCAGUGCUGUUCAAGAACGGCCAAGGGUGUGGGGCAUGCUUCAAGGUGAAGUGUCAAGACAAGAGUAUAUGCGCGAAACGCGCCGUUACCGUAAUAGUGACGGACGAGUGCCCUGGCGGGCCCUGCUCGAAUGGGCGCACCCACUUUGACCUCAGUGGCGCUGCAUUUGGGCGCAUGGCUAUAGCCGGUGGGGGUGGUUCGCUCAGGAACCGAGGUGAACUCGCAGUCGUUUAUCGACGGACAACAUGCAAGUAUCGUGGGAAAAGCACUGCGUUCCAUGUCAAUGAAGGUUCAACAAAUUAUUGGCUAUCAAUCCAAGCGGAGUUUAUGGAUGGUGAUGGAGACGUCGGAUCAAUGUCCAUUAAACAAGCAGGUUCGACGGAGUGGCAAGAGAUGAGCCAUGUAUGGGGAGCAAACUGGUGCCUUAAUGGCGGACCCUUGGAAGGCCCAUUUUCUUUGAAGCUAACGACACUAACAACAGGAAAAACACUCUCUGCGACAGAUGUCAUCCCAAAGAACUGGUCACCAAAAUCCACGUACUUCUCUCGCAUGAAGUUCUCGUCCUAA